UCCAGGUGAGCCACAUCAAAAAUGGGCAUCGUCAAGUCAAUCCUUCCCAGACCAAACAUCAGCAGUGCCAGUCCAAUUCGACCGGAGGAUCUCGCAAACAGUGGCAAGUCAGCAAGGCCGCAGUCAAAGAUCAACACAAAACAUCCUGAUCUAAAUUGCAUUGGAGAUGGCGGCAACUCAAAUCAAGCGACACUGUGCACGGAUGAAAAGGAUCCCAAAUGCAGGAGAUCGAAAACAGACAGCGAAGAAUCACAGCAACCUAAUCCAAAAGUGGAGAAGGAUGGUUCCAGUCAAGCACAACUUUGCGGCAGCAUGCUGGAACCCAUGGUGGAGGAGUCCAACACCAAUGAACUCGAUUCAGACCUGCCCAGACCAAAUGGAAGCAUUGUGGAAUCAAGUCUUCCGAGUGAAUGCAAUGGCAGGAAUGGGUCAAGAGUAGCACAGUCCAAGGCCAACGCAGAACUUCCGAAUCGACCCAAGCCAAACGCCAAGGAGCUGGAUCCCAUUUGGGCCAAGGAUUGCAGGAACACCAGCAGAUCUGGACUGCUAAAUUCAGAUGAUGAGAAUGACAAAUCAGUACAUCCUGUGCCGAAAAGAAACGACAAGAAGUCUGUCCUACUGAAGGCCUGGGCCAAAAUCGAGGAGCCAAGUGAUGUCACAUCAAGGAGUGGCGUGGAAAGAUCAACCCUGCAUAUGCCAAACAGAGACACUACGCUGUCCGUUUAUGCGAAAGACCUUGAAGACGAAAACGGUUCCAGACGCAGGUGGUCUAAUGCAGAGACAGGUGAUUCCAUCCUGGAAAGUCCAAAUAGAGAUGCGGCAGGACCGAGGCGAGCAGAAGAACGCAUCAACAGCAGAAAGCCCAGAAGCUGA